AUGGGCAAGAAGAUUAUUAUUGACACUGAUCCGGGCAUUGACGAUGUCCUCGCCCUUUUGCUGGCUCUGUCCGCCACACCGGAGGAGGUAGAGGUUAUCCUCAUCUCAUUGACAUUCGGCAAUAUCGAGGUCGAGAGCUGUCUCCGCAAUGCAGUGUCAAUGUUCCACAUCCUCGAGCGGGAGAUGCAGUGGCGCCGCGAGAACGGCCGACCCGAAGGCUUUGGCAGCUUGAAAGCUUCCCGUCCUAUAUUGGCUGUCGGCGCAGAAGACCCCCUUGAAGACCAGAAAAUGCUUGCGGACUACUUCCAUGGAACCGACGGACUUGGUGGUAUUCACGCCACGCACCCACAUCUCACCGCUAAUAAGGCAUGGGUACACCUCUUCGCUAAAGAGCUGGAGGGCGAGGGAAUCAAGCCUGUCGAGGACUGCUCAGGUCCCGAAGACCACGCAUUCACCCCGUCCAAGCUUCCGGCAUACAAGGAGAUUCUCCGUGCCCUCCGUGAUAAUGAGCCAGAUUCAGUGACUCUGGUAGCAGUUGGCCCGCUCACUAAUCUGGCUUUGGCUGCAGCAGAAGACCCAGAGACAUUCCUUCGCGUGAAAGAGGUGGUCGUCAUGGGCGGUGCUAUCAACGAGCCCGGAAAUGUGACACCAACAGGCGAGUUCAAUGCCUACGCAGACGCAGUGGCAGCCGCACGCAUUUUCGCACUCACCUCGCCCAACCCACACACGACAGUUCCACCCACAAAGAGCGACAAACUCCCACCGUACCCUCAAAACCUCAGCCGGCAACUGACUCUGCGUCUUUUCCCGCUGGACAUCACCCUCCGCCACAAUCUAUCACGCGGCCAGUUCCGGGAGGCCAUUACUCCUCUUUUGGCUGCCGGCUCCCCGCUCGCCGAGUGGGUGGAUGCCUUCAUGGGACACACCUUCAGAACCUUGGAGCGCCUGCACCCUGGACAUGUUGGCGAUGAUGCUCAGCUGAGUCUGCACGACCCUGUGUGCGUCUGGUAUGCUUUGACAUCCGAAGACCCCAAGUGGGUUUACUCAGCGAACUCGCCUGAGGAUAUCCGAAUCGAUACCUUGGGCCAGUGGACUCGUGGUAUGUGCGUUGUCGACCGCCGCAACCGACACCGCAUCGAAGGUGAGGAGGAGAGCUCGAAUGACCAUGGUCUCUGGCUGAGCGGGCGUGCUGGCAAUCGCAUUUGGCGGAUGGAUGGGUCGCCUGGGGAGGAGAACUUUGGUGAUGUCAUUAUAGAGAGGCUCUUCAAGUAA